AUCUUGGCAAGAAUCUUGGUAGGAAUUACAGCGGUAAUCUUGGCAAGAAUCCUUGUAAGAACUGCCACAGGAAUCUUGGCAAGAAUUACAAUGGGUAUCUCGGUAAGAAUCUUGGUAAGAUUUACUGAAGGUGUCUUGGCAAGAAUCUUGGUAAGAAUUACUAUGGGUAUGUUGGCAAGAAUGUUGGUAAGAAUUACUAUGGGUAUCAUGGCAAGAAUCUUGGCAAGAAUUACUACGGGAAUCGUGGCAAGAAUCUUGGCAAGAAUUACCACGUGAAUCUUGGUAGGAAUCUUGGUAGGAAUUACUACGGUAAUCUUGGCAAGAAUUUCCACGGGAAUCUUGGCAAGAAUCUUGGCAGGAAUAACUACGGUAAUCUUGGCAAGAAUUUCCACGGGAAUCUCGGCAAGAAUCUUGGCAGGAAUUACUACGGUAAUCUUGGCAAGAAUCUCCGCAAGAAUUGCCACAGGAAUCUUGGCAAGAGUCUUGGCAAGAAUUACUAUGGGUAUCUCGGCAAGAAUCUUGGAAAGAUUUACUGAAGGUAUCUUGGCAAGAAUCUUGGUAAGAAUUACUAUGGGUAUGUUGGCAAGAAUCUUGGUAAGAAUUACUAUGGGUAUCAUUGCAAGAAUCUUGGCAAGAAUUACUAUGGGUAUCAUUGCAAGAAUCUUGGCAAGAAUCUUGGUAGGAAUUACUACGGUAAUCUUGGCAAGAAUCUUGGCAGGAAUCUUGGUAAGAAUUACUAUGGGUAUCUUGGCGAGAAUCUUGGUAAGAAGUACUACGGGAAUCUUGGCAAGAAUUACUACAGGAAUCUUGGCAAGAAUUACUAUGGGUAUCAUUGCAAGAAUCUUGGCAAGAAUCUUGGUAGGAAUUACUACGGUAAUCUUGGCAAGAAUUUCCACGGGAAUCUUGGAAAGAACCUUGGCAGGAAUUACUACGGUAAUCGUGGCAAGAAUCUUGGUAAGAAUUACUAUGGGUAUCUUGGCGAGAAUCUUGGUAAGAAGUACUACGGGAAUCUUGGCAAGAAUUACUACAGGAAUCUUGGCAAGAAUUACCACGGGAAUCUUGGCAAGAAUCUUGGUAAGAUUUACUAUAGGUAUCUUGGCAAGAAUCUUGGUAAGAAUUACUAUGGGUAUCUUGGUAAGAUUUACCAUGGGUAUCUUGACAAGGAUAUUGGUAAGAAUAGCUAUAAGUAUCUCGCAGCGUGCAAAGAAAGUGGUGUCCAAUAGCCCGGGGCUAGUGGAUUUUGCUAGUGAAUUCUGUUAUUAACUUGCCCGAUGGGUAAGUGAAAUUUUUUGGGCGGAAAUUCAAAUUACAGAAGAACUGUAAUCAAUCCUGCUUCACAAAUUUUUGGGGGGCUAGUUGAAAUGACUUUCCGGCUAGUACAUGCUAGCUACAGCUUGCCCGAAUGGCAGGCUGUAAAACUGACUUUCUUUGCACCCUGUCUUGGCUAGAAUCUUGGCAAGAAUCACCACGGGGAAUCUUGGUAAGAAUUACCACGGUAAUCUUGGCAAGAUUAACUACGGGAAUCUUGGUACGAAUUACUACAAAAAUCUUGGCAAGAAUCUUGGCAAGAAUUACUAUAGGUAUCUUGGCAAGAAUCCUCGUAAGAAGUACAAUGGGUAUCUUAGAAUAGAAUCUGGACAAGAAUUACAACGGAAAUCUUGACAAAAGUCUUGGUAAGAAUAACUGUAAGUAUCUUGGCAAGAAUCUUGGUAAGAUUUACUAUAGUAAUGGCAAGACUCUGGGUAAANCAAAUUACAGAAGAACUGUAAUCAAUCCUGCUUCACAAAUUUUUGGGGGGCUAGUUGAAAUGACUUUCCGGCUAGUACAUGCUAGCUACAGCUUGCCCGAAUGGCAGGCUGUAAAACUGACUUUCUUUGCACCCUGUCUUGGCUAGAAUCUUGGCAAGAAUCACCACGGGGAAUCUUGGUAAGAAUUACCACGGUAAUCUUGGCAAGAUUAACUACGGGAAUCUUGGUACGAAUUACUACAAAAAUCUUGGCAAGAAUCUUGGCAAGAAUUACUAUAGGUAUCUUGGCAAGAAUCCUCGUAAGAAGUACAAUGGGUAUCUUAGAAUAGAAUCUGGACAAGAAUUACAACGGAAAUCUUGACAAAAGUCUUGGUAAGAAUAACUGUAAGUAUCUUGGCAAGAAUCUUGGUAAGAUUUACUAUAGUAAUGGCAAGACUCUGGGUAAAAAUUACUAUGGGUAUCUUGGCAAGAAUCUUGGUACGAAUUACUAUGGGUAUCUUGGUAAGAAUCUUGGCAAGAUUUACUAUCGGUACUAUGGUAAGAAUCUUGGUAAGAUUUACCACGGGAAUCUUGGAAAGAAUCUUGGAAAGAAUUACUAUGGGUGUCUUGGAAAGAAUCUUGGUAAGAAUUAUUACAGGAAUCUUGAGAAGAAUCUUGGUAAGAACUACCGCGAGGAUCUUGGCUAGAAUCUCGGCAAGAAGUACUAUGGGUAUCUCGGCAAGAAUCUUGGUAAGAUAUACCAUAGGUAUCUCGGCAAGAUUCUUGGUAAGAAUUACUAUGGGUAUGUUGGCAAGAAUCUUGGUAAGAAUUAGUAUGGGUAUCUUGGCAAGAAUCACUACUGGAAUCUUGGCAAGUAUUACCACACGAAUCUUGCCACGAAUUACCACGGGAAUCUUAUCGUGGUAAGAAUUACUACAAGAAUCUUGGCAAAAAUCUUGGAAAGAUUACUAUAAGUAUCUUGGCAAGAAUCUUGGUAAGAUUUACCAUGGGUUUCUUGGCAAGAAUCUUGGUAAGAUUUACUAUAGGUAUCUCGGCAACAAUCUUGGUAUGGCAAGAAUUACCACAGGAAUCUUGGCAAGAAUUACCACGGGAAUCUUGGCACGAAUCUUGGUAAGAAUUACUAUGGGUAUCUUUGUAAGAAUCUUGGUAAGAUUCACUAUCGGUACCUUGGUAAGAAUCUUGGUAAGAUUUACCGUGGGUAUCUUGGCAAGAAUCGUGGUAAGAUUUACUAGACGUAUCUUGGAAGGAAUCUUGCUAAGGAUUACUACCGGAAUCUUGGCAAGAAUCUUGGUAAGAAUUACUAUGGGUAUCUUGGCAAGAUUUGGUACGGGAAUCUUGGUAAUAAUUACUACGGGAAUAUUUGCAGGAAUCUCCACGGGAAUCUUGGCAAGAAUCUUGGUAAGAAUUACCGCAGGAAUCUUGGAAAGAAUCUUAGUAAGAUUCACUAGAGGUAUCUUGGCAGGAAUCUUGGUAAGGAUUACUACCGGAAUCGCGGCAAGAAUCUUGGUAAGAAUUACCAUGGGUAUCUUGGCAAGAAUUACCACGGGAAUCUUGGCAAGAAUCUUAGCAAGAAUUACCACGGAAAUCUUGGCAAGAUUUAGUACCGGAAUCUUGGUAAGAAUUACUACGGGAAUAUUUGCAGGAAGCUCAACGGGAAUCUUGGCAAGAAUCUUGGUAAGAAUUACCGCGGGAAUCUUGGUAAGAAUUACUAUGGGUAUCUUGGCAAGACACUUGGCAAGAAUUACCACAGGAAAUCUUGGUAAGAAUCUUGGCGAGAAUUACCACGGGAAUCUUGGCAAGAAUUACCACAGGAAUCUUAAAAAGAAUCUUGGUAAGAAUUACUACAGGAAUCUUGGCAAGAAUCUUGGUAAGAAUUACCGCGAAGAUCUUGGAAAGAAUCUCGGCAAGAAUUGCCAUAGGGAUCUUCAGAAGAAUCUUGGUAAGAAUUACUUCGGGUAUCUUGGCAAGAAUCCUAGUAAGAUUUACUAUAGUUAUCUUGGCAAGAAUCUUGGUAAGAAUUACUAUGGGUAUCUUGGCAAAAAUCUUGGGAAGAAUUAUCACGGGAAUCUAAUUUACCAUAAUCUUUACUACGAUUUACUAUGGGUAUCUUGGCAAGAAUAUUGGUACGAUUUACUAUAGGUAUCUUGGCAAGAAUAUUAGUAAGAAUUACUAUGGGUAUCGGUAUCUUGGUAAGAUUUACCAUGGGUAUCUUGGCAAGAAUUAAAACGGGAAUCUUGGCAAGAAUCUUGGUAAGAGUUUUUAUUGGUAUCUUGGCAAGAAUCUUAGUAAGAUUUACUAUAGGUAUCUUGGCAAGAAUCUUGGUAAGAAUUACCACGGGAAAUCUUGGCAAGAAUUUGAACGGGAAUCUUGGCAAGAAUCUUGGUAAGAUUUACUAUAGGUAUCUCGGCAACAAUCUUGGUAUGGCAAGAAUUACCACAGGAAUCUUGGCAAGAAUUACCACGGGAAUCUUGGCACGAAUCUUGGUAAGAAUUACUAUGGGUAUCUUUGUAAGAAUCUUGGUAAGAUUCACUAUCGGUACCUUGGUAAGAAUCUUGGUAAGAUUUACCGUGGGUAUCUUGGCAAGAAUCGUGGUAAGAUUUACUAGACGUAUCUUGGAAGGAAUCUUGCUAAGGAUUACUACCGGAAUCUUGGCAAGAAUCUUGGUAAGAAUUACUAUGGGUAUCUUGGCAAGAUUUGGUACGGGAAUCUUGGUAAUAAUUACUACGGGAAUAUUUGCAGGAAUCUCCACGGGAAUCUUGGCAAGAAUCUUGGUAAGAAUUACCGCAGGAAUCUUGGAAAGAAUCUUAGUAAGAUUCACUAGAGGUAUCUUGGCAGGAAUCUUGGUAAGGAUUACUACCGGAAUCGCGGCAAGAAUCUUGGUAAGAAUUACCAUGGGUAUCUUGGCAAGAAUUACCACGGGAAUCUUGGCAAGAAUCUUAGCAAGAAUUACCACGGAAAUCUUGGCAAGAUUUAGUACCGGAAUCUUGGUAAGAAUUACUACGGGAAUAUUUGCAGGAAGCUCAACGGGAAUCUUGGCAAGAAUCUUGGUAAGAAUUACCGCGGGAAUCUUGGUAAGAAUUACUAUGGGUAUCUUGGCAAGACACUUGGCAAGAAUUACCACAGGAAAUCUUGGUAAGAAUCUUGGCGAGAAUUACCACGGGAAUCUUGGCAAGAAUUACCACAGGAAUCUUAAAAAGAAUCUUGGUAAGAAUUACUACAGGAAUCUUGGCAAGAAUCUUGGUAAGAAUUACCGCGAAGAUCUUGGAAAGAAUCUCGGCAAGAAUUGCCAUAGGGAUCUUCAGAAGAAUCUUGGUAAGAAUUACUUCGGGUAUCUUGGCAAGAAUCCUAGUAAGAUUUACUAUAGUUAUCUUGGCAAGAAUCUUGGUAAGAAUUACUAUGGGUAUCUUGGCAAAAAUCUUGGGAAGAAUUAUCACGGGAAUCUAAUUUACCAUAAUCUUUACUACGAUUUACUAUGGGUAUCUUGGCAAGAAUAUUGGUACGAUUUACUAUAGGUAUCUUGGCAAGAAUAUUAGUAAGAAUUACUAUGGGUAUCGGUAUCUUGGUAAGAUUUACCAUGGGUAUCUUGGCAAGAAUUAAAACGGGAAUCUUGGCAAGAAUCUUGGUAAGAGUUUUUAUUGGUAUCUUGGCAAGAAUCUUAGUAAGAUUUACUAUAGGUAUCUUGGCAAGAAUCUUGGUAAGAAUUACCACGGGAAAUCUUGGCAAGAAUUUGAACGGGAAUCUUGGCAAGAAUCUUGGUAAGAUUUACUAUAGGUAUCUUGCCAAAAAUCUUCGUAAGAAUUACUCUGGGUAUCUUGGCAAGAAUUUUGGCAAGAAUCUCCACGCGAAUCUUGGCAAGAAUCUUGGAUAGAAUUAACGGGAGAAUCUUCGAAAGAAUCUUGGUAAGAAUCAUUACAGGAAUCUUGGCAAGAAUCUCGGUAAGAAUUACCGCGAGGAUCUUGGUUAGAAUGUCAGCAAGAAUUGCCAAAGGAAUCUUGGCAAGAAUUACUAUGGGUAUCACGGCAAGAAUCUUGGUAAGAAUUACUAUGGGUAUGUUGGCAAGAAUCUUGGUAAGAAUUACUAUGGGUAUCAUGGCAAGAAUCUUGGCAAGAAUUACUUCGGGAAUCGUGGCAAGAAUCUUGGCAAGAAUCAUGGCAAGAAUCACUACGGGAAUCUUUGCAAGAAUUACCACAGGAAUCGUGGCAAGAAACGUGGGAAGAAUUACCACGGGAAUCUUGGCAAGAAUUACCACAGGAAUCUUGGCGAGAAUCUCAGUACGAAUUUCUAUGGGAAUCUUGGCAAGAAUCUUGGUAACAAUUACUAUCGGUAUCUUGUCAAGAAUCCUGGUAAGAAGUACAAUGGGUAUCUUGGCAAGAAUCACUACGGGAAUCUUGGCAAGAAUUACCACGGGAAUCUUGACAAGAAUUACCACAGGAAUCUUGGCAAGAAUCUUGGUAAGAAUUACCAUGGGAAUCUUGCUAAGAAUUACCACAGGAGUCUUGGCAAGAAUCUUGGGAAGAAUUACUACGAGAAUCUUGGCAAGAAUCUUGGUAAGAAUUACCGCGGGGAUCUUGGGAAGAAUUGCCACAGGAAUCUUGGGAAGAAUCUUGGUAAGAAUUACUGUAGGUAUCUUGUCAAGAAUCUUGCUAAGAAGUACAAUGGGUAA